AUGUUCGUUUGUUUCCUGCUCUUGCUUCUCAUAGGUAGAGUUCUGCAGGGAAGGUAUUCCCCUGCUCCCCCUCUCUUCACUGGCGCGACAGUGCAAGGGAAGACUUGCUGGGGGGUAGUGGUGGCGGCGGCGAAAAUGCCAUACGUUUCGAACGGCCGAGUCGUUGACUCCAAGCCAUUUAGUCUUGUCGAUUUUUUCCUCUCCAUUGUGCGUCUCGUGUGGCUGUUCUUCGCCACUCUUUUUUCCUCCGAGCCCGUCUCGCAACACAUGCAGGAGUACACAUCGACGACGCGGCCCGGUCUUUUCGGCGGUGGUCGCAGCGUUGGCCGCGCCCCGCGUGGGUCCAACAUUCACGGACUUCCAAAGGGCUCGCUCUCCGGCGGAUGCGCCUCUGGCUGA